AUGAGAAGCCAUAUCUUAUUUACUACUGCACUAAUUUUAGUUUCAUCGUCCUUGUUGAUAUUAUCAUCUUCUUAAAUAGCUGAGGAUGUGAUGACAAUAAGUGACAGCAAUAGCAUUCUGCAAUUGGCUUAAACUCAGCUACUUGAAGACUCUCUAUAAUCAGAAUUAAGUCUUAUAGAUAGUACAGCUACACCAAAUCUAGUUGAUGAUAGCUUGCAAAAUGGUAUGGAAGCAAAUACGACAGCAAGAAACAACUCUAAACAAAGGUAUUCCAGAAAGAACUCUACUAGAAGCACUUAUAGAUAAUAUAGUUAUAAAGAAAAUUCAAGCUCCUAAAGUGAAGGAGCAGAAAGAUUGAAUGGAGUUGAUGAUCAGUAAAACUUAAAGAGUUCCUAUAGAGGAAGUAGCUUUGGUAGAUAUUCAUCAUCUAAAAGCUAUUUUGGUUAUUCAGGGUACAGAAGCAGCUAUAACAAUUAUUAUGGAGGAGGCCCCUCAGUCAUCAUAAUAGGAGGAUAUUAUAACUAACAUUAUGGAUACUCAGAUUCAAGUGAUGUAUUAUGUAAUAAUAAGACUUGUUAAUUCUGCUGUGUAAAGGGUGAAUGCAAGAGUGACACAUUUUGCUAGAGAAUUGCCCCAAAGGGCUUGGAUGCUGUAGAUGUUAUCAUUCUCAUCAUGAUAUUAUUAUCUUGCUGUGGAUGCUGCUUUGCCAUUUUUAGAUAUAUAAAAAGACGCUAUCAUCAUGGUGUACAUGAACCUUUUAAUCAUAGUUUCCAUUCACAUAGCUCUCAUCAUUCUCAUUCGCACCAUCAUUAAGCUCACUAAGUGCAUCAACAGCAAUAAUUCUACGUGCCUCCUACUCAUGAUGGCACAUAACCUCCUCAAUAGUAAUAAUAUAACCCAAUAAAUGGCUAUCCAUAAGAAGGCCAAACCUAGUUGUAAGGUGGUUAUCCAGUAGUUGAUUAAAAUUUGCAACAACAGUAGAUGUAAUACCCUCCUAUGAGUUAUCCUCCGAUGACCUAAGCAUAUCCUAACAGUGAUUUCUAAUAAACAAAUCAGUUGCCAAUUCAGAAUCAAUUUGAUUAAAACUCAAACCUCCAAGCUUAGGAAACUCAUUAAUAGUAAUACUAUGUUCCUCCUACUUAGUAAUAGCAGACUCCUUAAUGA